AUGCGGCUUGAGCCUCGCCGCAUUGCACCACGGCAUGGUUUAACCAUCUUUCACUUCAUCAUCGAUUGUCAACAGCAGUGUUGUGCUCCUUGGGCUUCGUCAUGUACUGACACCAGAACGAGCGACGUCACUACGCCUGACACUGUUGGCCAACUACAUCAAUUCCACUCACCUCUGCGAGAACGCGUAAAGCAUCUCCGAAGGAUUCUGGAGACGAUUGCCAUCUGCAAUCAUAGUCGCGGCGGUUUGCAUGCGUGUACAGUGGUUGGCUUGGCACACCCAGCGAUGACAAGAUCAACCAUAUGA